AGGAGCACCGAAGAAUCACUCCUUUCUCCCUGGCUGCUCAUCAAAGGUCCAAGCUCCACUGGCUGGAAACGCCUCCGAAACUGAGAGCGACGAAGACCCUAAAAUCUCUCUCUCUCUAUCUCUCUCUCUCUCCCUCCUGUAGCUUGCACACAAAAUAGGCACAAAAAUGGCACAGUCUCUAUGUUUGUCUCAUACAAACACAAUCAAAGUACCUUUUUCAACUUCAGGCGAGGAGCUGCUUAGGUCUUCUGCAUUGAAGACAAAGCCAACCCAUGUGAAGGUUUCAUCUGGUUAUAGAGCAAGAGCAGGAACUUCUCUCAGGGCUAGUUUAGGCACAGUUGGAAUUCCUCAUCAGUGGUAUAAUCUAAUUGCGGAUCUUCCAGUGAAACCUCCUCCACCUUUGCAUCCAAAGACAUUCGAGCCAGUCAAACCUGAGGAUUUGUCUCCUCUCUUUCCCGAUGAGUUAAUUAAGCAGGAAGCAAGCAAUGACCGGUUCAUUGAUAUACCGGAGGAGGUUCGCGAUAUUUACCAGCUUUGGCGGCCUACCCCCUUGAUAAGAGCCAAGAGGCUGGAGAAGCUGCUUGAUACACCUGCCAGAAUCUAUUACAAAUACGAAGGUGUAAGCCCAGCUGGCUCACAUAAACCCAACAGUGCAGUCCCACAGGUUUGGUACAAUGCACAAGAAGGCGUCAAGAAUGUUGUGACAGAAACUGGAGCUGGACAGUGGGGAAGUGCACUGGCGUUUGCUUGCAGCCUAUUUGGUGUUAACUGUGAAGUUUGGCAGGUCCGUGCAUCUUUUGACCAAAAGCCAUAUCGUAAAUUAAUGAUGCAAACUUGGGGUGCCAAGGUGCACCCCUCUCCUUCUAAUGCUACUGACUCUGGUCGUAGAAUCCUUCAAAUGGAUCCACAAAGUCCAGGCAGUUUAGGGAUUGCAAUUUCAGAAGCAGUGGAGGUUGCAGCUAAGAAUGCUGAUACCAAGUACUGUCUGGGGAGUGUUCUGAACCAUGUUUUACUACAUCAGACUGUUAUAGGUGAGGAAUGCAUAAAGCAGAUGGAGGCUAUUGGCGAGACUCCAGAUGUUAUCAUCGGGUGCACUGGGGGUGGGUCGAAUUUCGCUGGGCUUAGUUUCCCAUUUAUUCGAGAGAAACUCAAAGGGAAAAUCAAUCCUCUCAUCAGAGCAGUUGAACCUGCAGCAUGCCCUUCUCUAACACGAGGCGUAUAUGCAUAUGAUUAUGGUGAUACAGCCGGGUUUACUCCGCUAAUGAAGAUGCAUACACUUGGGCAUGACUUUGUUCCGGACCCUAUCCAUGCAGGGGGUUUGCGGUACCAUGGUAUGGCACCACUGAUUUCCCACGUCUACGAAUUAGGUUUCAUGGAAGCUCUUGCAAUCCCUCAGACUGAAUGCUUUGAAGGAGCCAUAAAAUUUGCGAGGUCUGAAGGGUUGAUACCAGCACCUGAGCCAACUCAUGCCAUAGCUGCCACCAUUAGGGAAGCUCUCCAUUGUAGGGAGACCGGAGAACCAAAAGUCAUUCUUAUGGCAAUGUGUGGACAUGGCCAUUUUGACCUGCCAGCUUAUGAGAAGUUUUUAGAAGGAAGUAUGGUUGAUUUGUCUUUUUCAGAGGAGAAGAUACAUGCAUCACUGGCCAAUAUACCUCAGCUGGUACACUGAGGUGAAGCCAGUCAAACAGGGAGCUAGGCAGGACGACUCUGAAAUGGGAGAUUGAUGAGUACUUCCCCAUUAUGGGGUUUAACGCUGUUUAAUUAUCACUUGGAAAUGCUUCAUUAAUGUUUUCCGUUGAUCUACUGGUGACUGUUAGAUACUGAAUUUGGGAUUCGUUUAACACGACUGAGAAUGCAGCACUUGAAGUAUGUUGUAGUGUCGCUCAUGGGAGAAUAAGUUGGGCUUCCCAGCAUGUUUAUGUAGGAUGCACUGUGAAUUUUACACUGUCAAUGAGACCUCCUCUUGUUUUUUGUCUUCCUUAAAUAGACGGCUAGAAUUUGUUA